AUGUGUGGUAAUAAUAGGUCUGUCCCCCUGCUCUCCAAUGCUGCAACUCUUAGAAGAUGAGUGGGAGUGAUUAUUUUUUUACAUGGACUUGGAGACUCCGGUCAUAGCUGGGCUGAUGCCCUUUCUUCCAUCCGCCUCCCCUACAUCAAGUACAUCUGUCCCCAUGCAGCUCGCAUUCCAGUCACACUGAACAUGAAGAUGGUGAUGCCUUCCUGGUCAGACCUGAUGGGCCCAAGUCCCAAUGUCCUGGAAGAUGAAGCUGAGAUCAAGAAAGCAACAGAGAGCAUCCAGGCCUUGACUGCGCAUGAGGUAAAGAACAGGAUUGCACCCAAUCAAAUCAUCCUGGUUGCCUUUUCUCAGGGUGGAGCCCUGGCUCUCUACACAGCUCUCAGCCGCCCACACCCCCUGGCUGGCAUCGUGGCCCUCAGCAGCUCGCUCCCCCUGCAUUUGGGCCUUCGCUCAGGCAGCCAACGGCACUCCCGGGACAUGGCCAUCCUGGGACAUGGGGAGCUGGACCCCAUAUUUCCCAUGCACUUUGGGGCCCUCACCUCUGAGAAACUCAAGUCUGUCGUCCCUCUGGCCAAGGUUCAGUUCAAGACCAGCCCAGGUGUCAUGAACAGCCCCUGUCCCCAGGAGAUGGCGGCUUUGAAGGAAUACAUUGAGAAGUUGCUGCCCCCCAUCUAA